UUUUUGGAAUCUUCUGAUAAUAACCUUCGAUAAAUAAAAAUAACAUCGAUGUCGACCAUGUGAUUUGGUACACAAAAACCGAUAUUGGGACGUGCAUGGCCGGAACAAACAAACCAAAAUCAUGAAACACACCUUGCCAUUAAUAAAACCCACGGCUCCUUGUAAACGUAACUAAAAUACAACCGGCUGAUAUAGACAAAUAGUCCAUAUCAGUGCUCACUACAGCCAAAGUACAUUGAAAGCGAUGUCUCGAAAAUUUUCAUUGAGUCGUGUCUUUCGCGCGUUUCAAUUACGAGGUAUAAUUUUUUUUUAAAUUAUUUCCCCUAGUUUUUGUGAGAGGUGUCAAAUGUGGCUCAAAUUUGUGGGAGACAUCGGGUUAAGUUUAUUUAAUUUCGAAAAAUACUAUGCGGGCCACUCAGAACUCCUCGGCUGGCCACAAGUAGCCCGCGGGCCAGGGGUUGGGCGACCCUAAUCUGAACUAUAUAUAUAUAUUCGGCACAUGAAAUUAGCUGUUUUGUCAAAUUUUAACUCAUGAUCAAUAAUUCAAAUAGCUGUAGAAUAGUGUUUGUUCAUUUUUUUUUCAAUUUUUCCUAUUAAACAAAUAUUUAAUUUCUUAUCAGAUGUUUACCAGAAAGGUUCUGUCGACUAUUAUUAUUUUUGUUUAAAUAUGUAUCUUUUAUUUUCUCUCAUUUUUGAAACUGGAAUAUUUAAAAAAAAUUGUGUCAGUUAACUUUGUAUAGUAAUGCCCAUUUUAUAUUUUCUCUGGAAUCCGUAAUGUGUAAUCCAACAAAUAUUUGUUGUAAUCAAUUAGGUAACCAUCUGAUUAGCCGUUGAUGACUGUUUUCCCUCCUGGCCUAAAAUAAGUGUUUUACUAUUGUAAAAAAUGGAUGCUCGUACCAGAGUGUCCUAGUUUGGUAGAAAUUUUAUUUGAGGGUUGGUCGACCUUGUAGUCUUCACCGCUUUCGUUUAUAUUAUCUAUUUAUUGUUAAUCCCUUUUCACUGCCAUGUGUAGUUUGAUGAUAUAUUCGGAAAUAAAUCAUUAGCUCUUUUUCUCUCCAUCAAAUUGGCUCAUAUUUCACAAAGAAGCUUCAUCGCGUGACAGCUCGUGUUUCAAAUAUGACAAACAUAAACAAAAAAUACUACUUACUGUUAUGGGUUGAAUGAGUUUCAUAGUGCCUAUCAAGCCUAUUGGUUCAAAAGUAUCAACGCCAUAUGUCACACCAUCAGUCUCUCAGUGUUUGUCGCAGGGUACGCUACGUACGUGAAAGCAAAGAAAUGAUGCUAACAAUUCUUCAUCGCUAUUGCUUUGUUCUCAUAUGUUCGUUUGCUUCUACGUUUGCAUUGCUUUGCCCGAAACAAGAAUCGUACGAACCGCUGGACAUGUCAAGGCUUAAGGCUAUGAAAGGAACAUUCUAUGACGUUACAGAUAUUCCUUAUUUUCCGAAUGAUAUUCACUGUUGGGAUUAUCAUAGCUUUGUAGCGGAAGAAGACGGAUUUGCAGUUAAUAUGACUCAACAUGUAGAAGGGCGAACAGAACCAAAUUUAGACGUAUAUGUUCAUUUUGUACCUAACGGAGAUGGAACGUAUAGAGCAAAUAAAGAACACAUGGAAGCAUACAUGGCCACAUCCAAAGAAUCGAUUUCUCACAAAGCAACGCCGGAAAUGGAAGCAAAAAUAGAAUCAACCACGCUGUUAUUGUUUUCUAUGGAUGCUUCCAUCUUGACUGACUAUGAAAACUAUUUCAUGCUUGUUUUUUGUAUUGAAGAAACAGGUCCACUUGUUGCGAUUAAAAACAAGCGAGUUUACCCCACUGGUCAAGAUACUCUAAAUUUCUGGAACGAGUUCAUCAAACACGGAGAUAUUCCAAAAAAUCCGGUUGAAUUCAAGGAGAUUUGCGUUCUCAGAAAUAUUUAGCAAAACGCACAGAAAAAGAAAACUGCUGAUAUAAAAUAAGAGUUUAGGUUUAAUGGAUAUUGUUAUAUUUAUCAGUGUAGUAGUCAAUAGAAAUAUGAAAUUAUUCAGAAUAUUACGACGCAAAAAUUAUAGUCUGGGAAGAGAUUAUUAUUGUCCAAUCUUAGCGAGAUUAUUAUUAUCAUUAUUUUUUUUUCCAGAUUAAAUAUAAUUUGAAUGGCAAAAUAAUUUGUUCAAAUAGAAUUAUCUAUAUAAAAUUUUCUGCAUUUUCG